GAUUGAAGUGUAUUGUUCUUGCGAAGGCAGCACCGUCGAAAUUUUCUCCGCGAUUUUCGGUAAAUUGUGCAAUUCGGAGCGGUCGGGCUCGGCCCAAAGUGGCCUCUGGCGGCGCCGGAAGUGAUUCCCGUGCGGGACGCGUUCGAGUGCGACGGAAUCGGUGCGACGCGGGACAAAUUUCUGUGAGAAACAGUGAAAAGAGUGCGCUGUCAAGGAGUUUUCCUCCACUUUUUUUCGUCGUCGUCCUCCUCUGCUGGACCAAGUGACAUACACGCAACGAGGGGGCGCGGUGUGCGUGUGACGUUGGACGCCUUGCACGGGGCUGGUGGGUGUGUGUGUGUGAGGUGUCGCGGCAGCUCGUCUAAACGUGCAAUUUGUUUACAAUUUUUGCGCGAGUGUUGGUGCGAAGCCGAAUCGUUGCUCGACCAAUCGGCACACGUUCGAGCGCCGAACGGACCGACAACAAACGCCCGAACCCGGCUUCGGGUCGCGAUCGUGCCGGCGUCGGCUAUUUUCGCGUGCACGAAGGUGAAUUCGCCGAAGAUCGCGAGAUUUACACGAAGUUUUCUGUUUACGCGUGUGUGUUUACACGUUGAGCGCGUCUUUCGCGUGAUUGUAUUGUCGUCAAUUCGAAUAUUUCUUGCAUUUUUUUUUCGGGACUGACAAUUUUUUACUUCCAUUCAUCGUGUGUGGAUUCAAGUGCAAAAUAAUUCCUUGGCUCUGGGCACAAGUGAGCCGAAACUGGUUAUUUCGCGGGCCAUUGGAAUACGGCGACAACAACGCAUGAAAAGAAAAGUUUUCUGAUAGCAAUCUUUCAAUCUGGUUUCCGAACCCGAGGGUUGCACAGAUAGGAUAGCAGGAAAGGACGGUCAACUGUGCUCCGGUCUUCUGAUUCAUCUCGCGUGCGGAGAUUGUAGAAUGGAUUACCUUAGUGGAUUGUCAGACAGGUUACUAUAGAUCAUCGCAUGAAAACCAAAAAACAGCAGGCAGCCGCGGCGGCUGCUGCUUCCGCCGUAGCAGGCGCACCACCAACAACAGCAACGCCUUCUGAGAAGAAACCGGUCGCCACUUCCGCUGCUGCUACAAGCACCGCUUCAACUUCCGCAACGCCCACUCCUAGCGGUUCCACGCAGGCCACCGCCCUAAAAAAGCCACUCAAACGACUCCAGUUAAAGGCCAAAGACAGCCCUUCUCCGAAGGCCACCACACAGGAAGCCACUUCCUCCGGAACGGCUGUUGUCACGACAAAGCCUAAACCCGCACCCAAGUCAACGCCUAAAAAUGAGGUUAAGUCGAAAAAGGUCACAAUUGCCGCCGGGGGUAAGAAGACCCCUGCCGCGGCAGCGGCUCCCAAAAAGAUCCAAAAGGAGCUAAAGAAUUUGGGCAUUACGGACCGAGCCAUCAAUCAAAUCGACACGGCCACCGUCGAGUGCAAUCCGUCAAUCAGCGAGAUGGUCAAGACCAAGUCGCGUGCCACCGUGAGUCAGCUCAAGUAUUCGGAUUUGGGUGGUGGUCCGCCGGCAAAACCAGUAGCGCCUGCAGGUUCUAGCGAAGUUCAGAAGCCGGUGGAGCCACCAGCCGUGGUCUCCACGGCGAUCCCCAGCAAGAAAAGACCUCCGCCAAAGACAAAGGAUGAUUCCCCUAAGCAAGACGUUGCGCGUGAGGAAGCGGCGGGAGGUGCGAAAAACAAAACCCCAGUCACGGCCCAGGCGACGCCUUCGAACCCGGCCACCAACCCCGCCGUCACCGCCACCACUAAAGAAGAUGUCAAAGCAGGGCCGUCGAACGGUGGAGCAAAAUCUAAGGCGAAACGGCCCGAAAGCAAAAAUGAUAAUGAUGGGCAGCAAGGAGGAGUCGCAACAGAACAGAAGUCAUCGCCGGCGAGGAAGAACCCCACGGUGGCGGCCGCCAAGCCUAAGCCAAAGACCAAGAAGGCAGCCUUGGAGGAACAGAAGAAGGCUGCAGAAGUGGUGGCGGCGGUAGCGACGGCCGAGGUAGAACAAGCUUCGGUGGUCCAAGAGGUGGCGGUCCCGGCUAAGCAGAGAACUCCCCCGAUCGACGAGAAACACGACGAGGAAAAGCCCUGCUCGCUGGAACUGGAUCAGGACGAUAAGAACGAGUCCGACGUGCAGAGCCGCAUUGAGGACAUCAUGAAGGCCCUUGAGGAGUCGGACGGGGAAGACGAGGGGCCACCCGUCCCGAUGCUGUUACCGCCAACGUCGUCCAAACCGGCCGUAGAGGUGCAAGAACCCAAGGUAGAUGUUGUACAGCAGGUCGUGGACCAAGAUCAGGAAAAGAAACAAACAAAGGUGGCCGCUAAGCCGAAGGUCGCUGCUAGUAAGAAGAAGGCACCGGUUAAAAAGAAGGUGGGUGACGAUGCUCCGGCAAUUGAUCCAUCGAAACAAGAAUCUCCCACGAACAAAUCUGAAGAUGAUAAAUCAAUUAAGAAGACUCCAAGCUCCCAGGCUAAGCGCAAAUACGUGCGAAAGCCAUCUGGUGGUCAGGCUAGUAAAAGCAAGGUUGAUCCUAAGAAACUUUUAGAGCCGGUUGGUACCGAUGAACCUAAGGUUGAUCCGACCCCGGAAACCCCAGUUCAAGAAUCUCAAAAGCCUGAACAGGUACCAGAUGUACCAACUCCUCCAGAAGAGCCCACUGAAUCUCCUGACCCCCCGAAAACCAUCCGUUCGUCAACGGACAACGACGAUGACGUCCCUCUAAACCGACUUAAGGACAAAACCUCGCCGAAACCUUUGGAAUCAACGCCGGAAGCAGGUUUCACCGUUCCAAACGCACCACUCCUCGCAGCCUUGCUGGCGCCCUCUCCGGCAACAACGCCAAAAUCCAAGCGCAAAUACGUUCGCAAACCAUCAACUACUCCUACUUCCGGUGGCAAGAAGAAGCCCUCGUCCAAAUCGACGUCCUCUGCCGACGCCAAGGACAAGAAGCCGGAAAAGCCGAAAGACGUGUACGACUUUGACGAUUCGGACAGCGAAAACGACGCCCCCGUCAAGGCCGGCAAACCUGUCUUCAAGACCAACCGGAAGCCGCUGGAAACGUCCUCGGCCAAGGAGGAUGAAGAAGAGGACGCCGAGGAAGUUCCCCAAGCGGAAGCGUCAUCGGAGACCCCGGAUCCGCUAGAGUCUAAAAGCGAGCAAGAUCCGCUCAAAGAGUCCGACUCCGAAGAAGAGUUCAAGAAACCGGCGAAAAAACCAACCAAAUCUCGAAACAACACCCCAAAGGAACCGUCCUCGGAGGAGGAAUCCGAGGAAGACGACAAGGACGCCGAUCCGGACGAGCGUCCGCAGACUCCGAUGAGCAAGAAGAUCAAACGCGAAGUGCGUGACAGUUCCGAGGAAUCGAACGGUGACUCCGACUCGUCGGAGGAAUCCGUCCGGACGCGGAUCGUCAAGAAGCAUCUCACCGCCAAGACGCGUCACCUCAAGCUGUACGGGUUCUGGUCGGGGCCGAAGCGCCACCGGGUUGCGUCCCUGAACGCAAUCGCCAAGGUGCACUGUCUGUACGAGAACGAAACCCGGGCGGCGCUGGAAGCUAGCCUGAUGAAGCAGGGACCGCCCCGGCCAAGGGCCGGAACUAGUAAGGAGGUUAAAAAAGAGAAGAUUGAGGAAGGUGAGAAGAAGGACGAGUGUAAAGAGGAAAACAAAGCGGAGAAGAAGGAAGAAAGUGAAGUGAAGGGGAAACAGAAAGAGGAAAAAGGGACAAAAGAAGAGCCCAAGAAGAAGGUGGUCAAAAAGACAGAGCCGAAAGAGGUGAAGAAAAAAGAGACAAAGAAAGUGGUGGUUAAAGAUGAAAAGAAGGAGGAGAAAAAAGAAGAUAAGAAAAAGGCUGCUGAAAAGCAGAGGCAAGCCUCGGAAAGUGACACCGAAAGUGAAGAAUCGUCGGAGGAGGAAGUGGUUACGCGCACCCUCCGCUGCGUGCCCGGACUGCGCGGCGCCGGCAAGCAUUGGGAUCCGAACGCUUCUAGCAUGGAAUCCGAGGGGGAUGUCCUGCCCGAUUCGGACGAGACAUAUGCACAGGGAAAAGACACCGACCCGGUCAAGAAGCGCAAAGUUAAGCGCAAGGUGGUCAAGAAAGCGAAACCUAAGCCAAAGUCGGAGAAAGCUGACAAGCCGAAACCUCCGGUUAAGAAAAUCAAAAAGGAGGUUAAGGCGCUUCAGUCCGACAACGAUAAAAAGUCGGAGGACGAGAGUGACGAGUCCGGCUCGGAGUCGGAGAAGGCGGAAGCCGCUUCUCCAAAGCCGAAAGCCGAAGACGUUAAGAAACGCAAGCGUGCUCCCAAGGAAAAGAAGGAGAUUGUGGAGAGUUUGCUGGGGAAGAAGCGUAUGGCCAGCUUGAACGCUACGGCGAUGUUGGCUGCGACGUACGAGGUUCAGCGAAUUCUGUACAGGAAUACGGACUCGGACUCGGACAGUCCGGCUGAGAAGCCAAAGGCGAAGAAGGUAAAGGAAACUAAAGAGCAGAAGGAAGCUGCUAAAGCGGAAGCUAAGAAGGAAGCUAAAGAGCAGAAGGAGUUGAAGGAGCAGGGAGAAAACGCGGCUGAAGUCAGUAAAGCUGCGGAGAAAGAGAGGGUAAAGGAGCAAAAGGAGAAAGAAAAAGAGAAGGAAAAGGAGAAAGCAAAAGAGAGGGAGAAGGAGAAAGAGAAGGAACCGCUCAUCACGGUGAAGACGGAACCGAACCGUGAAAGACGAGAAGAGCACGAGGUUAAGCGGGAAAUUGAAGAGCCCCGUCCCGUGUCCAGCAACCUGGUGAUUGCCCAGGACACCGAGGUCACAAUCACGGGAGUGUACGUCAACUCGAGCCUCGGGGCGAACCAGGAAGCUUACUGCAAAAUGCAGUAUCGCGUCCAGCAGAGUGUCACCGAGGAGCGGCUGGUCCGGCCCGGCGAGGCACCGCCGAAAUCGUACACCCCGUUGACGGCCCUAUCGAGCAUGCGACCACCCAACGACCAGACUCUGGCCACGCCGCCCCUGUUUGGGCCGCCGUCCCAGUGUGAUUCGCCACUGGGACUGGGUCCGCGAGCCUUUUACCCGCCGCCCACGUCCUCAUCGGGCAGUUCCAGCGCGUUCUGUGCGCCCAUCCCGCACGGUAGUCCAGGUUACUAUCAACCGGCUGGUCCGUUGAUAUCGCCCCACCUGCUGGCCCAGCCGAUUCCGAUAUCCCAGCACGGUCCGGGCAGCAGCAGCAGCAGCAGUACCAUCACCAAGCAACCACCCGAAUCGGACUCCCCAGGGGUGUCCUCGCUGGUCCAGCCGCCGUCCUCCUCCACGGCGGACAGCACCGACAGCGAUGUCCUGCUAACGGCGGGUGACCUCUCGUCCCGGUCACAGCAGGCCGCGGCCGCCGCAGCCGCCGCCGCCUACCGGUACGGUCCGUCCGGGCCGCCCAACCUGUACCCGCGGCCCAUGCAGAUGCACUGUCCGCCGCCCCAUCUGGCCCCCAACUACUACGCGGCCCCGCCCUACAGCCAGUACCCGCCGGAGAUGUACUACACCCACGCCGCCUACCCGCCGGCCCACUUCUACCCAAAGUUUGCCCAGUACUACCCGCCCAGCCGACGGUACUACCCGGCGCCCGUGGCCGGCGAGCACAUGUACGAGCAGCCGCCGCCGCCACCCUCGGCCGGAGGACCCGUGCCGCCGCCCGCCGGCGCUCAGCUAGUUCCGGCCGGGCCACCCCAGGGUCCGCCGCCGCAGCACCUCGAGCACUACCCCGGUCCGCAGCCGUAUCCGUACCCGGGGUACGGCAGUCCGGGGCCCGGGCCCGGUGGGCAAUGCUACUCGCGUAACGCGUACAUGGAUGCUCACUACACGACCAACUGUCCUUGUCCGAUGCAGUCGUGUCCAAAAAACGUCAAUGCUGGGUCCCUUAUUGGUAUCAAAGCCAGUAAGGGCCCAGUAACCACCACUGCAACCCCCAUCCCCCAUCAUAUCGCAUCGUCGGCGUCGGCCUCCUCCAACAACUCUAGCACGGCCGCCGUCCAGAUGUCGCCUUCGUCGUCGUCCACCUGUACGACGAUGGCCUGCAGCACCGAGCCGAUCGUGAUUUCGUCCGGUUCGUCCACGUCUUCGUCGCCACCGCCGCUGGACAUUCACAGUCCGAUCGUGGCGAGCUCCGAACCGGUGGUCACGACCACCGUGGCGACCGUCACGACGACUGCCCCAACAACUACUGAACCAAAUACCAGUCCCAAGGUUAAGCCCGAAAGUGACCUGCACCAGUAUAACAGUUAUCACUACCACUACCCGCACCGUCCGUCGGCACCUCCACCAACGCAUCCCCUGCACAGCAGCUACAUCCCGGUGGGCGUCGUCGAGGUCAAGCAGGAACCGGUGGCACCGACGCUGGAACCCACGGCCGACAGCAAGACCACGAAAAACAUUCCCAAGCUGCUUCCGCUGGUAGUCAAGCAGGAGAUCACCGAGGUCAAGCAGGAACCCCAGCCGGUCACGAUGACGGUGGUGAGCUGCAAGAAGGAAGACUUUGAGGAGAACGGACCGGCCAUGACGCCGGAUCUGCUGCUGGACGAGGCCCUCAUCAAGAAGGAGGCACUGGUCUCGGAACUGGUGCACCACCAACUCGACGACAAACGUAUCCUAUCCGAUAUUCUAACCGCGGAAGCUAAUCUGAUAACCGGUAAGACUCUAGACAACCUUAGCGUUAGUAGCGUUAGCAGUAACAACCAGAACAACAACAACAGAAGUAGCAUUAGUAACGAGAAAGUACAAUUAGUCGAUAGUAUCCUACCUGAAAUUCCGGCGUCCACGGUCAAGCGGAGACCGCUGCUGGUCGCGUGCAAGAAGUCAACGCCGAAAAAGUCACCCCCCAAUAGCUAUAAGAAUCUGAUCAAACGUACAAAUCUGAGCGGUGACGAGGGCGGUGAAGCAACAACGGCGGAAGCCGGCGAAGAACCGACCAUCACCGUGCUCAGCGAUGACGAUGACGAACUUGAGGAAGACGACGACGAGGUGGUGGUCACGUCGACUCCGGUCAGUCGGAAGCCCAAACGGACGGCCGGCAAGCCGCGGAAGCUGCUCAAGCGAACGCGGCGGGUAUUUGGGGCGGAACAGCUGCGCCAUCUUCAGACGCUCAACCGAAGCGUGCUGAAGUCGAAACGAGUGCGCCGACUCGUCAAGCGGCCAUCGUGCGUGCCGAGGAACCCUGCGGUUCCGGAAGCAGCGAUCGCGGUGAAGGAACCUGAGCCAACCCCUGUGGAACCUGUUGAAGUGCAGGAACUCCGCGAGGAACCUCCCCGCCCGAUGUCGAACGUCGAUCUCACGAUCGACCUGGUGGCGAAGGGUUACUUCUCCGAGCCUGAGUUCGCCGAGCAAGCCAAGUCACGCUCGGUAAAGCGGCUUAAACAGCAAGAAGGUCGUUCCCAGUCCGAGCAGCAUCGGGGCUCAUCGAAGAAGGCCAAGCAGCAGCUCGAUGACCCACUGGACAUGACCGAGCCGCCAAACGGCAAGUCAGCUAAGAAAGCCAAGAAACGGGCCGCGCCCAAGCCGUCAAAGCAGAACGGCAAGAAACGAGCUACCUCAACGCCGUUGCCACCGGAGGUGGUGGAAGAUCAGCCGGAAGUGAACCCUCCGCUGGAUGUGAGUGCCAUCGAUGUGGAACCUACCGCUGCGGCGGUAGACGAUCGCGAAACGGACUUUGACGACGCGGCCACGAUGCUGGUGGACGACGACAUGAUGAGCGUGGACACCAACACCAUGAUCAACCGGCACAACAACAAUAACAACAGUGCCGUUGAGAACAAGAAUGCCGCCGGCACGGACCCGCUGCUGGAGGAAGAUCCGCUGACCGUGGAACCAACGACGACCUGCGUGACGAACGCGGAGUUGUCUACCCAAGUGGAAGAUCGCCUUCCACUGCCAACGGAGGUCGCCGUCUUCGAAGAAGACGACGAAGACGACGAGGAGGAGGAGAUCAUGCUAGCUAGGAGAUUCGCCAAAAAGAGUGGAGGCCUCAAGAGCCGAACGUCCCGAUCGCGAUCCAAGUCAAAGUCGCGCAAAUUUAGCAUCAAGAAGCGCCACCGACCGACGCGCGUCCCCGAGGUCGAGGAGAUCAUCGUGCCAAGGAAGAGCAACAGCGUGCCGCGCUGGAGCAACGGAUGGACGUGGGAGGGGCAGCCCUUCCAGGGAAAGGUGUUCCUGAACAGCGACGACCCACCGGUCACGCGAACCUGCUACCCGGCAAUGCGCCACUCCGAGGGCGACAUCAUCCGGCCGCGGGAUAGCGUUCUACUGCGGGCCGGUAGCAAGCGAGCCGAGCUUCCGUACGUGGCCAAGGUGGCGCACCUGUGGGAGAAUCCGGAAGACGGCGAAAUGAUGAUGUCCCUGCUGUGGUACUACCGGCCCGAGCACACCGAACAGGGUCGGCAGCCGGUGGACGGACCGGACGAGGUGUUUGCGUCGCGCCACAAGGACCACAACAGCGUCGCCUGCAUCGAGGACAAGUGCUACGUGCUGACGUUCAGCGAGUACUGCAGAUUCCGCCGCCAGCUGCGCGGCUUCGAGGAGAACAUCGACGAGCAGCCGUCGAUCGUGCCGCCGCUGCGGCGCGAGAACCCGCGCCUGCCGCCCUCGAUCGUGUCGCCCGAGCUGGUCAUGUACUGCCAGCGCGUGUACGAGUUCCGGCUGAAGCGCCUGCUCAAACAGCCCUCCUAGUGCCGGCGUCUGGUGGUCGAACGCCGAGCUCCGUCGGCGCCAAAACCACCCGGCCAUCAGCAGCAGCAGGAGGUAGCGCCUUUGGCUGCUUCUUCAACAACUUUAACUGUACCAUUGUCGGAAAAUCAACAACAACCGGAAGCAACAACAAUCAGCAGCAAAUCACAUAUCCGCAAAUGAAUGUGUUGGGAUUGGCCGAAGGUGGAGCAAGUGACUCCAAGAAUUCCCCCCACAACCACCCCCUUUCCAGUUAUUUAAUUAUUGCACUUGUUUUAGCGAGUUCUAGUCCAGGGGAAGAUUUGGGAGAGGGGGAAAAACAAGCAUUCAUGGAAUGGUAGAAGAAAGCGUCUAACAGACGUCUAACAAAUUUUAGGGAAAAUCAACGCAGCAAUUCCAAAAUCGUAACUUUUACGUACUUUUUGCCGCUAUUAUUUAUCUUCAGCAACUAGGUUUUUUUUUCUUGGCUCGAUUUCUUUUUUUUUAACUACUGUAUUAUUUAUAAUCUUUUUUGAAUGUAUAUAUUUUACUGCUCGUUUUACAACUUUACAUAUUUACUUUCAAGUGCUUUAUAUAUUUUGUUAUUGCUUUACAACAGUUAAUAAUAUUAUUUGUAUAUACACUUCCUUUAUACAUAUUAUUUCCCUCAAAGUUUACACAGCACAGAAAAGUAUGUGUUAAGCAAGCAAAAUCAAAAUCUAUUCUAAAGGCAAACAGUAACACACACACAGUAACUAAGCAAAACUAAACAAUAUUAAACAUCAAGCGAGAAAUAAAACAAAAAACUUUUGAACGAUAUUUAUUGUUAGUGGCAAGGCAAUUUAGGACACACAAAAAAUAAACUUGUAGGCAUGAAGUAAUUUGGCAACAACAAACUGAAAUUAACUAACCAAAAAAAAGAAGAAGCAAAAAACAAAGACACAUCAGCGGCGAUAUUGAAUUAAAGUACCAGUUUAGAAACAGAAUGUUAGGACGAAAGCGUUUGCGUUUAGGUUGCGAAUUGAAUUCCUCGUUUGGCGCACAAACAUUUGUGGUGGGUCGACGGUUUGUUUGAAUUAGUUAUAUACAAUAAAAAAAGCAUUGUAGUGUGAAAUUUUUCCAGCAGUUCAAAAUCAAAACGACUUUUUCUGAAAGCCUCAAUUAGUUUGUGAAGGAUUAAAAAGAAUUGAAAAACAAACAGAGAUUAUGGAAAAAUCUCUCUCCGUAAGAAUUACAUUUCCGUACAUUUGGUCUCUUUCAAACCCUUGAACAACAAGACAAAUUGUUUGGAAAUUCAACAAAAGAGAUACAGUCAUCCCACAUAUUCGGAACACCCACAAAUUCGGAACACUUUUGUGGUAAUUUGUCAAUAGGAUGCAAAAUGCAACUCUUCUGUCGACCCCGCUAUUUUUAGGACCUUUAUUUGGACAUUCUCUUGCUAUUUCACUAAUAAAAGUAGUACUUUUUGAACAAAAAACUUCAUUUCAAGACAAUUUUAUACAGAGCAGCAAAACACUGCCUCCAAAUUGCAUGUUCCAUGAUUGUGGGAUGUUAUUGUGCCUCCCACAAUUGUGGAACACUUGAGUUUAACUGAUGUUUUCACAAAAAAAGUUAUUAGACCAUUCAUAAAACAUUACUAAGCAUGAGUUUUAUUGGUUGCAGUGUGUGAAGUCAUUAUUUUGUAAAAAAUAUGUACUCCUAGAGAGAACCAAAGUUUGUUUACAUCCGUAAGAAAAAAGUGUUCCAAAUUUGUGGAUUUCAAGGGUCAAAGUGUUUCUCAAAAAACUUGAUAUAAAAGUUAAAAUUUUAAGUUGUUUGAUACAGCAUUCGAAAGAUCGCAAGAAAAGCUUUAAAAUGAAGGUAAAAGUGAGACAUUAAGUUCAAUUAUCGAUUUUCUAUGAUUUUUUGAACAUUGGCCGAUCUGUAAACUGUUCCGAAUAUGAGGGAUGAGUGUACAAAUGAGUAAAAAAGCACAAGAAACAGAUUCUCAUGGAGAGAGUUUUUUCUUCUCUCUUGAGAGCGAGAAGCUCUCUCAGAGAUUUUUUUUUCAAAAUUCUACGACGGUUGUUACAACUAUAUCCUCCAGGAUCACUGACGAGGACGAUUAUAUUAUCUUCAUCGUUUCGACCUCUGAUUAAACACUCCGUGAUACAAUUAUUCGUCAAUAAUAAUCGGGGGCAAAGCUGUUAAUGUUAAAUAUAUGCAUUGUAUUUUUAUAUUUUUAACUAUUUUUGUCAAAAACACUUCAAAUUUCUUCGAUUUCUUAAUUUGAGGCUUUGUACUCCAAUAACUACUGUCCCUAUUCAGACUGUAUUCCAGAUUUACUCCAGUUGAUUUACGUUGUUUUGCUUGAGUUUUAGUUGGGAUGGUCGGCCAAAUCCUAUAACAGGAUAAUUUAAUGGAGAAAUAUCACGAAAAUAACAAAAUUUGUUAUUGCAAUAACAUUUGGAUAACUUUGAUAUUAUUCAUACUUGGCGUCUAUUUUUUAAUAAUUAUUCCCCAACCUUUGAAAGCAUUUUUUUUAAUGGAUGUUAUAAUGCUUUCGAGGGUAAUCAAUUUAAUUUAUUUAUAAAAGCGAAGCGAUUAAAAAAAACAACAGCAAAAAUUAAUGACAUGUUUGAUAUAAAGCCAAAUUUAUCACGAAUUAUAAUUUGAUUGAUUUUUCUGUUCAAGGUCCUUUUAAAAAAUUGCAUCAUAUUUUCCCUGUUUUCAAAGGUUUUCUUAGAAUAUUGUGUUUUUUUAUAAAAUUUCAUAACCAAACAACUUUUAAAUAACAUGCCAAAUAUGCCUUUGAUUAUUUAUUUGAUUAAUUGCGAUUUAAUUUAAAGAGAGUACUGUAAAAAUACCAGAAAAAGAAACGUUAACAAAAACGUAUUUUAUUUGAAGUAUUUCAAAAUUUCCAAAAAAAAGGGCUUGAAAAAUCGAUUGUAAACUAUUCAAGAUACACUUAUAACGAUUAAGGAGGUAUUAGACUAUGGCAAACAAACAAACCCUCAAACUUGUAUGCGGCAAACUCGCAAGCAAAGCCAAAUGUAUGCAGGCUGACGUUUCUGCAAACAAAGGCAGGCAAACUGUCAAACUGUCAAAAAAGUUUGUUCGUCAUAUUCCAAUACGUCCUUUGCUAAUGCGUGUUUAAUUAAAUAAAAACUUUUCAAUAUUUGAACAGAUUUUGAAUUUUUGAACGGAAAAUUAUAUUUCCAUAAAUUCAUUGAUAUUUUGCUAUUUUUUAUAGUUGCAUCAAAACAUUUUGCGAUACUUUUUGGUUCGAAAUUUUGAAAAUCUGGCUGGAAAAUUUCAAUCACCAUGUCAAAAAUAAUAACAAUUUUGUGAAAAUCUAUGAAUAUUAUUUUUUUUUUUUUGGUUUCGUAAAAAAUAGAAUGCUAAGAAUAAUUACAUUUAAAACUAAAAAAAUACAUUUAAAUUAGUUAAAAAAAUGCAUUUUCAACAUCCAUAUAAAUGUUGAAAAGCAAUAUUGCCUAUUUCAAAAUUGUAAUUUUAUUAAAAAUUUGCGAAAAUUUUAAUUCUUAAAAUAAGAGCAAUUGUGACUAUGUUCAACAAACAUAUCGCCUGUUUUAAAAAAAAGAGUAUUUUUUUGUUUUAAAAAAAUAGUUUUUGAAGAAAAUUCAUGCAAAAUGAGUAAUUUGAGAUCUAUAAACCAAUCUAAUCUAUAAACCUGUAAAUUCUAUGUUUUCAAAACCAGUGAAAAAAACUGCAAAAGCAAAAAUUUUAAAUUUUAAAUCUAGGCCCGGUGAAAAAAAAUAAUAACUGUACCUGCGAAAUAUGUUUGCGGACAUAUAGGGCAGUAAGUCAAACACCAGCUAGAAGUCGCAUGACAAAAAACUAAGAACUAGAAAGAGAUAGCAGAUCUGAUGCAAACAAACCCGCAGCUGUCAUGCAAACAUACUUUGAAUAUGUUGAUGAAUUUCUAACUAGAAAGCCGAGCUGUCAAGUAGGAUUCUUUUUACAAGAAGGGCCACGAUGUUAAUUUUUACAAAUUUAGUUAAAAGUUUAUUGCACUCAGAAAAAUAAGCUUUAUCGUUGUGAACAAUAAUAUCACAAAUUUAAGCUUAAUUUUAGAACCCAAUUGAGCAAUGAAAAUUCAAUUCAAAAAAUUCAAAAUAUCAAAGAAUUAAAAAUAUAAAUUUUCUAGAUGAUUUUCGUGGUUCCAGCAUUCUAAAUUUAUGUAAAGCUCAAAAGUAUUAUUUCAACUUUUCAGCACUUGUUUCUAAAAAAAAAACUUUUCGACACGUUUUUGAAUUGACACAAUAUAACAGUUUUUUUCGGAAUUCAUUUGGAUUGCAUUGAUAUAAAAGUUACUAAAGUUUGAAAAAAAACAUCUUUAUCUUUAUCUCAUUUUCGUAAACAAUUGACGAAAAUUUGGGAGACAAAAUAAUCAGAGGUCGAUGACGAUGACGGUAAUUUUAACGUUAUUGUUAUAGAUUAGAUGUAACUGUCAUCGAUUACAACCUGAAUUGCCACACACAAAAUUACCCAACAUUUUCAACCCAGUUUCCUUAGAAAAAGAAAAACUCGACAUUUAAAAUAAUUCUUUGCGAGCAGUGCGAAAUUUAAACAAUUUAGUUAAGGCAAGUUUAAAACAAACAACAAAAAACAGUCACAAUAAAUAAAAACAGUGGGGGCGCAAAACCAAGCAAACUAAUAGUAAUUGUUAUCGCUAAAUACUACAUGGGUAAUAAGUAUCAGUACCUUAUUAUUUGAAAUUAACUAUCAGAGAAAAUUAAAUUAAACAAGAAGAAAAGCUGAGUAUAUUAAACAAAAUAUUAUUAUAUAUUAAAGUAAUAAAACGUGGAAACACGCAAACACACACACAAGAAAAAUAUAUACAAUUAUACAGUAACAAGAAAAAACAACUAGUGAACAAACAACAAUGAAAGUGUAAGUAGAAUAGGAAAGGACAAUUACACAAUUACCUAAACUAAAAAUACCACACAUUUACGAAUGAAACAACCUACAAUCCCUUUUAGCACGGUGAACCCCUCAUCAACCACCUUUUUCCAGGGCCAAAGUCCCCUCCUGACGAAUGCAAUUCAAUCGGUCGGUCGGUUUCGUUUACCACAGGAAGCAAACUUUUCUCCAACCUUUUUCCAGACUUCCCGUUCUGGAAAUCCGAACUCUAGCAACAAAAAGCGAGCAUAAAUAAAAGCAAAAUUUCAAGUUUCGACAGCAUUUGGAGCCUCUAGUAGAAUAAUCAGCAGGAACAAAACCCAGUAAAAAAAAAGUAAUCGAAAUCUAAACAUUUAGUGGGAAAUAUUCUGACACAGAAAAACAAACAAAUACUGACACGCUAGUUUUAUUCUAUUCAUGUUGUUAAAUACUAUUAAAUUCUAAGUAAAGUCGCGUAGUAGAUUCUCCUCCUUUCCUCAGUGGCAUAGGGAUUUUAAGUACCAGCGCGCUAGUUUGUCCCAGUUUGGGUUCAGUAUGUGGAAUAAUCUCGUCAGUUGAACAAACCCCGCGCCUUUCUUUUGUAUAGUUUAGAACAUUAGUUCAAGGAUUAGUUUUAAGAUUUUAAGCCCUAAGUUGACCCCACCCAUCCUUUGUAAAGAUCCAUUUUAAACAUGUAAACACUAACCCGUUUUGAUUUGCGAGUACCGUUAAAGGAAAACAUACUGAAACAUACUAGGAAAAAGCGAAUCGGAUUAAGUAAUGAAAAAACAAAACUAAACUAA